AUGAUUUUAAAAAUUUACAAAAAAGCAAAAAAUCAUCAAAAAGUUAAAGAUAAAUUGAGUGAAGUAGGUCCACAGUUAAGAGAAUUUUUUAAAAAAAAUCUAGAAAAAGGUACAAUUGAAGAAAAUACAAUACCUGGCAUAAUAAGAAAGAUGGACGACAGAAUUGAAAGACAUUGUAGAAAAUAA